AUGGUCAAGGCAAAUAUAUGCUCGAGCACCGGAAAUGCAGAAAAAAUAAUUAGUAAAAAAAUAAUAGAAAAAAAAUAUGAGAAAAGUAAGAACAUUGAUAAUAACCAAAAAUUUCCCAUCAAAAAUAAAUAUGCAAUUAACAAAAUAGAGAAUAAUAAAAUCAAUGGGAUUAACAGUACAGGUACUUUUAAUAAAUUAAAUUCUGCCAUCAGAAGUUAUGCAAAUGAAGGUGUUCUAAAUAAAAAAGGUAAUGAAGCGAACAUCCGUAGUGAAUCGAACCACCACAAAGAGGAUAGCAAAAUAAAUUAUGAAAUUAUUAACAGUAUUAGUAAGAACUUAAAUCAUCAAUUAAGUAGAGGUGUAGGUGACGACUAUGUGAAAAGUCUAAUAACUCAAGUAAGUUAUAGUCAUCUUUUUACCCUCCUAAAAAAUAUAUUAACGUACUUACCAUUUUCUAUUAAUGAUUAUCUUAUCGGUACCUUAGAACUUAAGGAAGUCAUAGAUAGCAAAUAUAAUACAUGUUUUCAGUUAUAUGAUAAAAACGAACUGAUGAAAUAUAUAUAUGAAAAUGAGUCUAAAAACAUAGUAGAUAAUAAAGUAUAUAACUUAUUUAAGAAAUAUAAAAUAAUGAAAAAUAAAAAAGGAUUUAUAAAUCAUUUACAUGUUUUAAAUUUUAAAGAAAAUUCAAACAAUCCUAAUCUUGAGGAAUUAAUAAUUCAAAAAUCAAGAAUUUUUAUAUAUAAAAUCCAUUCUUUUAUAGAAGGAAGACAAUUAAAUUUAUCAUAUAUAUACGAAAUAUGUUAUGGGUUAUCAUACAAAACAGAAACAUUCUUAUUAUCUGUUUUUAUAUUUGAUUGUUACAUGCACCGUAUUAAUGAAAUGACUGAAAAAAAUCAUUAUAAAAAAAUUAAAUUAUUAGUUAUCAUAUGUUCAGUUUUAUUAGCAUUAAUUAAAACUCAAGUGUUUAAUGGAACAAGUAUUAUGUAUUUAAAUGACAUACUGUAUUUUGUAAAUAAAUUUAGAAAUAACAAAGUGAACUAUACAUGUAUAGAAAUUUCAAAUAAACAGAUGGAAAUAUUAAAAUUAUUACCAAUCAAUUAUAAUAAUUAUUGGACAUAUUCUGAAUUAACUUAUGUCUAUUUUAUUAAUUUAAAAAAUUGUUCAAAGAAAUAUCCUGCAAUCAAGAUAUAUUAUAUUUUUUUGGAACAUUUUGGAUUUUUAUAUUUUAUUUUUGAUGUAAUUUAUGCUUAUUCCAUGUACAUAACAGCAGUCGGUUCGUAUAAGCUCAUACCACCUAGUAGAAUUGUUUCUACCAUUAUUUUGUAUUUUAGUAAUGCCUUUUAUAAUCGAAUGAGUAAUAGCUUGAUUUUUCAAGAAAAAUUUUGUGAAGAAAUUUUCCACUUACCUUUUGCAAAUGAUUUGUUCAUGUGGUCAUAUCUUUUUUUGGACAACUUUAUUUAUUUUUUUGAAAAUUGUGUUAUACCUAAUAAAAAUUAUUCUUCCAUAUACUCCAUUUUUUAUGAAACGGGGCGUAUGCUGAACAUCCACACGGUUUUUUGA